GAAAUCACAACAAUAUUUUCUUGACAUAGCAACACAACAACUUUUGCUGAGAAUUGGCAUUUGCAGUUUCCCAAAUCGGUGCUCUUUUACUCCUUAUUCUUUCUUGAGAAAAGGAGUAUUUCUCCUACUUUUCAAAAAUCUUUCUAAUAAUCGAAAUUUGAAUCUGCGAUACAUUUUUGACCUUCAAGGUUGUGAAAGACCUCUCAAUACUACUGCUCACCUAACAAGAAAGCGGGACUAAACUUGGCAGUAUCUGCUAGAAAUUUGCAAUCUGUUUGCUUCUUCUUAGUAGUUUGAUUAUCUGCUAUUUUAUCUUCUAGAUUGCACAUAAUCUAUUACUUCUUGCUAGACAUUGAAAGAUACAAUUAGCUCAGUAGUUGCUCCUUAGUCUACACUUGCUCCUCAUACUACCGUACAAUCACAUUUCAAAUCGCUUUCAUUUGCUCACUUGCAACUACAAAGCAUUGUGUCAAUACAAUCACAGACAUUCAAAAGACAACUGUUUUGUGCUAAUAGGGAACGCAUCCUACCAUCAACGAUCGUCUUUCUACUAAAUUAGUGAGAUACUUUCAACAACCAAGAAACAACAUCAGUUUCUUCAAUAUCCACCACAGCUAUGACUACUGUCAAACCAAUUGUCGAGGAGCGACAACAUCACUCGUGGGGUUUGUUGGUGCAAGGAAGACCUGCUACUCCUUCCGAAGGUAGAGCUCAAGUAAGCCAGAUCAAAGCAACAUGAAACAAGAUUAUACUCUAACAAGCUUUCAGCAAUACACUAGGAUUGGAUCAAAGGAUACUCAAUCUCUAAUCACCCACAAUAAUGGAACAUGUUUGGAGUUCGGCCCUUGGGUGUGUACCAGCCGCUAUGUAUCUCGUACACUGGCUAACAAUUUCACAGGACUUAGUUGAUGAAUUCGAUGCUACCAAACCAUUCUACCAACAAAUCCUUUUGAUCGACACCACGAUUAAGGAUAUUCAAUCAGUCAGAUUUCGUCACAACGAUACUGUUGGUGAUGAUAUCGACGUCUUCAAGGGUUUCCGAACCAUUCCUUACACUGGUGAACGUCACCAGCACGUUUAUCCAAAUGGAGAGACCUAUGUACAAGUACCAAGCUACUACGCGAGCGUAGCAAAUACGCCUUCCAUGUACUCUACAUCCAAUAAAUCAGAUGUUAUCGGUGAGGCGCAUCCAGGCCUGUCUUCCGAUACUAGGUUUGGCGUUUUGGUACCAAGCCAGGAUCGAACCGUAGGGCGUGGUGGCGGCUCACAUCGAGGAGGUUCUGAUCGUGGAAGAGGCAACCAGCACCAUGGUGAGCGUGGUGGUUACGCGCAGCAUUUAAAUCGCCGCGGAAGACGUGAUCAGCAGUUUGGUCGUGGUCAAGGACAGGGACGUGGUGAUGUACGAGGUGAUUGGCGCGGUACCUUUCGUAAUGUUGGACGCGGUGGACGCCACCAUGACAAUACCAAUCAUCAAGUAUCUGUGCAAGGUCGGGAGCCGAUGAAUGAUCACGGAAAUGAGCAAGUUUGGGGUAAUGGUCGUGGCGAGAGCACUUCCAGCUAUCAUCAAGAAGCUGGCCAAAUGUAUGCAAACUACAAUGAAACUGAUCGCACCUAUCCUACUUUCAGCGAAGAUAAUAGUGCUUAUCCAGCUUACGCCAUCUAUAACCGUGUUGAAAACAAUUACAUAGGACACAAUGGGGAGAUGUUCGCUCAUAAUUAUAUGACAAGUGGCCAACAAGGUCCUGUCUACCUAGGAUAUGAGGAAAAUUAUCCUCUGGCUCCAUCGAAUGCAUCUAUGAUGGGUAUCAACGGACAGGCAAGCCCCUACUUUGUCCCAGUUGACACCGACGGAAAUCCUUACUCCUCUCCGGUCUUUUACCCAUACUCUCGCAAUGCAGCCAAUGGUUAUGGUUAUGCAAAUAAUCAUCCAAUUUUGCAUUCACCAGAGUCGAUUGAGAACUAUGAGGGCGUUCGUUCUCAAUACUUCGUACCUGGUCAAGACAUUGGUGUUGCUGUUCCCAUGGGACCCGAGCACAGUCGUGCAAACCCGCAUCCUCGUGUCGUUUUACCACCAACAACACCUGGCACACAAAUGCUUGCGAAAAAUUCCGCAGCCUCCGAGGGAUUUCUAGGUGCUAACGUACAACCACCAACCCUAUUUAGAACUACGCCCGGCCGUUCUCCAAUGAGAACCACGACGGAUGAAGGCUCGCCACUUAUGCGUCCUCGACGUCAUGCAACAGACCCCACCGUUUCGUUCACUCCUUUAAGUCAUGGUCGCUCAACUUCAGGAUCUGGUACAGACUUACGUCGCUUGGCAACAGGCAACUCCGGAUUCGCAAUUGCCGAGGCAAGAAGCUCUCCUAGUGCUGGUACUUUUUCACCAGAAUCGCCACAUAAUACCAAUGCAAACUCAACAGCUAGAAGCUCCCCUGGCCUUUCAUUCUCUAAUCUUAACAUCACUGGUCCUAUGGCAAGAACCUCAUCUUCCCAUGAGUUGAAGUAUAUUGGAUACACCAUUCAAGGCCAAACUGGACAACCUUCUGGUUCUACUUCGCGCACUUCAACACCGAUUGCCAACCCUGGUCGCCGAUGGUUUGAGGCCAGACAAUUCGUACCAAGUGGCAGUAGAGUGUCAUCUCCAGGUACGGCCAGUCCUGGACCUAACAACAGAUUCUGGGCUGAGUCAAGAUCCGAGAAUGGACAGAAGUAGGCGGGGCAGAUUAUGAGUAACUUGUGGAUAGAUGCGUGGGAAACGUGGAAUAAUUGAAGAUACCGCGGUAUCAGGGAAGGUUAUGAAAUUGGCGAACAGGCAUACGAUACUCGAAUAGUAGUUGACGAGUCUUUAUAGUUGGGGUCUUCCUCGACUUUUACUUUGUCAUCUAUUUAAACGGUUUAAUAGCGAAGGGGAAUAUGGCAUCCGAAAACUUAGUUAGAUAGCGAACAUCUUGAGAAAUCGAAGUCAACAUCGACUGUCUACUCAGCCGGCCAUUGCUUGAUAGUCAUUUUUGAUUUCAGCUGCGGUCUGGUUGUGGUCUGGUUGCACGUAGUUUCACAAAAUAAACAGAACUGCUUUUCA